AUGAGAUUUUUCAAGCUUUUUGUUUAUUUUUUCGGUGUUUCCUUGAGCCAAAAUUAUCAAAAAGGGCAAAAAGGGGAGAAAGGAGAUCGAGGACCUCCUGGCCCUGCAGGCCAUAAAGGCACCCAAGGAAUGAUGGGCGACGAAGGAGCAAUCGGCCGGGAUGGUGCUCCCGGAUUGCCUGGUGAUCCCGGAGAAAAAGGUUUCAAAGGAGAAGUCGGUCGUGAAGGACAUCAAGGAAAACAAGGCCCGAUCGGAAGAAAGGGAGAAAAGGGCAAGCCGGGAAAAGGAAGAGUCAAGAGAAGAGAAAUCAGGGAGCUGGAGUUGCUGGUUAUUGAACUGGGCUAUCAACUUGAAGCUCUCGGCGUUGACAUCGACCCAAUCGACUUCAACGAGUAA